GUCUGCCCAUCCGGAGGGCCCCCGGAGGGGGGAGGCUGCGCGACGGUCGCCGCGCACGUGGCGAGGCGUUGCAAACGUGUGUAUGCGUGCACGCGUGUCGCCUUUCCCGCGAAGUGGGGAGGCCGCUGACUCCCGAGGAAGGCCUCGCCCCCGCCGCCCGACCCGCCUGCUUCGGAGAGGGCGGGUCGAGGCCGGGCUGGGCAGCCCGCGCCGCGGGGAAGCAGCCGCCCCGGCAGCAGCAGCAGCAGCAGCAGGAGGAGGCGGCGGCGCCACCACCACCACCACCAGGCCGCAGCGGAGCCGGGGAGCCAUGCCGGGGCCCGGCCCGUGAGCGGCUGCCUCAGCGUCCACCAUGAAGAGCCCCCGCGAGGCCGCGGAGCCGCCCUCAGUGGACAAUGUGCAGUUGAAAGUGCCAAUUCUUCAGCAACUCUACCAUUGGGAUUGUGGGCUGGCCUGCUCCAGGAUGGUGCUGCAGUAUCUGAACCUGCUGAAUGAUGAUGAAUUCCAGAAAGCAAUUCGGGAUCUCCACUUGACAAAGAGCAUCUGGACCAUCGACUUGGCCUACCUGAUGCGCCAUUUUGGCGUGAAGCAUCGGUUCUGCACACAGACCCUGGGGGUGGAUAAAGGCUACAAGAAUCAGUCUUUCUACAGGAAGCACUUUGACACAGAGGAGAACCGAGUAAACCAGCUGUUUGCACAAGCCAAAGCCUGCAAAGUACUGGUGGAGAAAUGCGCCGUGACGGUCCAGGACAUCCAGGAGCACCUGUCCCGAGGCCACGUGGCCAUUGUGCUGGUGAACGCGGUCCUGCUGCUCUGUGACCUUUGCUCCAGCCCCGUCAAGUACUGCUGCUUCCUCCCCAUUGGCCAGAAGUGCUUCUGCCGGAGCCCCGACUACCAAGGCCACUUCAUUGUACUGUGCGGCUACAACCAAGCCUCAGGGAGUAUUUAUUACAACAACCCUGCCUAUGCUGACCGAACAUGCAGCACCAGCAUCAAUAACUUUGAGGAAGCCAGAACCAGUUAUGGGACAGAUGAGGACAUCCUGUUUGUUUACAGAGCCAGCUGACCCCUUGGUUCGGGUGCUUCCCGUUCAUCGUGGGGCAACUUGCCCAGGGCCGUCAUGGCAGCUGACUAUGUCUCAGGACCCCUGCUACAGAGACUUUGCUCCCAGACUACAGCAGCAGGAUGGCAAACCAGGGACAUUUUGGACCAGGGCUGGGCACAGGGGAGAAAAUAUGGCCGUUUUAUGUUUUGUUGGAAGAAUUUGUGUCCUGAAAGGUAGGAUAUAAAUUACUAUAAUAAAUACAUUUAAAUUGAGAUCUACUCCUAGAUCUCUGGGUAAUUUGCAGUAGAUUGGCAAGGUGGUUUUGACCCAAUUUUGUAACAAUAGGAACAACUAAAAGGCUCCCGCCCCCGAAAGGGCUGCUGAAACCAAGAAAGGUUGGGAGUGGGGAAGCCAGGAGUAGAUUUUUGUGUAAAAUGACUGAGCUCAGUUCUGGUACUAAACACAAAUCCCAGGACUGAGCGUGUGCUCAGAAGGCACCUUGUUCCUGAAGUGUGAGUGUGAGCGUCCGUCCCUCUACCGCCACUCCGAGCCGCUGUUCUACACCUGGAUGUGGUUGGGAGGGCUCAGGGCAGACCCUGCCACCUGCUGUGGACCCACGUAGAGCCACGUUGCUGUCCUGUUGCCAUCUUUUAUUCUUGAUGAUAAUGACAAUGAAAUAGCUUGUGUUGUGUAACACUGUAAUAUAUAAACAUGUGUAUUUUACAUUUUUUGCACAUUUGAGACGUUUUAAGAUGCAGAAUCAGAUUCCUUUUCCUGUUGGCCCUUUUCACAGGUAUAAAUCUCACAGAAAUGGAGUCCUUGCCAAGUUCGUUAAAGCGAGCCCUUGUGGGCACAUGUGCAAAUAGAGGCUCAAAACAGAAAAGCCGGAGGAUCUGCCUCCGGGCUGAUCUUUCUCACGGGUUGGGAAUGUACUAAUCAGAGGACAAGAUGAAAUAAAUAACCCCAGGAGUGGGUGGGUGGGGUCUGGACUUGUGGAGAAGGGGAAGCAAGGGGUAUCCGGUUGAAAUGCCCCCCCCCAAGCCAAAUGGGCUGAUUGCUGCCACCGCCCACUGGGCUUCUCUCUUGACAUCGUCCUGGGAAGAUGGUUCUCCUGAAAUCUUCCCCGCACAUGGUGGGUGGCUUCCUCAGCUGGGAGUCCCUUGAGAAAAUGUUUGACCAUGUGAGUGGCGAAGUUCAGAGUCGCUGUGUUGUGAGGAUACCACCUCAAAGUGGUUAUAUGGAUCAACUCUUUGAAUACCAUUAGCUAGUUUUCAGGUAAGCUCAGUUUAACUGUAUGCUGCUCUGCGUGGGUUUUGAUGAAGGGUGGCCAAAUCCAGAUUCACUGAGUUUCCUCUAAAUAAAUUCAACAUUUUAAAGCGAAGAAUCUCUGUAACUCAAUAGCCCCAGUUCAACAAAAUUAAGCUUAUUUCCCAGUACAAUACUAUCCAAGUAAGUCCCAUUGAGUUCAGUGGGGCACAUGGGCCUGGAAUUGCAGCCCUAGUGUGCUCAGCGCUCUGGAAGUGGGGGGGGGGGCAUCGCCUCUCUACAGCUUGUAAAUGGCAGCUAGCCUGAAGCCACGUUUCCGGGGUGGGGGGGCAACUGGCUCUCAAGUGACAGUGGGCUGCAACUAGCUUCCUGUGCUGUAGCCUUCCCUAUCGUGAGGCCCUCCAGGUGUGUUUGACUACAAUUCCCACCAUCCACAGCCAGAUGGGGGUGUAGUCUAACUCAUCUGGAAGGCUCUUGGACUGUGAGAGUGUGUGGUCUGAAUUGGAUCCAUAGAAAGCAAUUGGAUCCCCUCAAAGUGCUUGUUUAGGCCAGAGCAAGUAGCGGAGGUGUCACCGCUACAGCGCCCGUGGGCAGGGAGGGACACGCCGUCCUGUGCCAGGGACCUGUCAGUGGAGGCGAGAGCGUUGCUGAGAAGACGUCCUCAGCACAGAGACAACAACCACUCUUGCUAGUAACGGCUGAGGCAGGGGAGCCUCUCCUGGCUGCUUGACGGGUGGAAUCAGGCCAGAGCUCGGGCACUCUGCCUCAUUACACCUCACUUGUGUUUCCGAUUCCGCUCAGGGAUGGGGCUUCCCAUAAAUGUCCAUACUGUAGAUCUACACUGCGUUGUUUUGUUUAAAAUACUGCGAGAACCGCUUUGUUUGUAGUUGACCUCAUCUGAGGAGAACAUACAGAAGAGAUGCAAGCAGCCAAGGCAUUUUAAUGAAUAUUUCUGGCCUUUUUAUGUCAGGAUCCAGACUUCCAUGUGUCACUCAGGACUUCCUGCAAGUUUUUUGCAUUACAGACUGCUCUGGAGCAUUCCAGCGUCUGUGCUUAAGUCACAACUAUCAUCGGUGUUACUUUUGUAUAUGACUGAACUGGAACUAAUUCUCUUAAGGCACUUUUGAAAUCUUGCCGUGUCAAGAAUAAAAGCCCUCUGUCAUUUUAAAACUCAGCAUUGUAAUUGGGAAGAACUGAAACAUACCAGUUACUGAGGAACAUGGGUGGGAGGGUGCUGUGGCCCCAUGUCCUCUUUUGUUGGUCCCUGGCCGAUGGCUGGCGGGCCCCUGUGUGAACAGAGUGCUGGACUAGAUGGACCCUUGGCCUGAUCCAGCCCCAGGGCUCUUCUGAUGUUCUUAAGACUUGUCCUCCUGAACAAAACAGAGUGGCUUGUGGAUUCCCAACAUACCCAGAUCUUUUUCAUAAGCAGACCCAUAGACAAGCCUCCCCCAUGCGCCAAGUUUAGACAAAGGACUUGUGGGGAUAUAAUUCCUUCCCCUAGCCUCCAAUGUGAAACUAGCGUAGAGAGUGGGCUUGAGCAGCUGCGUGGUUGCUGGGCCGGGUCUUUACCAGCAGCUACGGAAAGGAAUAGGGCUGGGGCUGCUUCUGUGCACAAUGCCCACAACUACUUGUCCCAUCUCUAAAAUACAGCCUGGGAUAGAAGCGUUCUCUUUAGCCAUUGGUAAUCUGUGUGUAUAUAUCAGAUGUUGGACCAGAGAGCAAGCAAUGAACUCUGUGAAACUCCCCAAAGUGGAAGAGCCCAGACAGCCCUGUUUCCGUUUGAGAAUAACUCACUGACGUGGGAACAGGGAGGAAUUCAAUACCAUGCACAGACAGAGGGAAAAGAGACGCAAGGCGCUUCUUGCCCUCCACAGCGGGGAAAAGGAAAAGGGGGGUGGAGGGGGCCUGUGCCUCAUCCCCUUUGUGCUCCGAGUCAGGAAAACUGCAGAAGCCGCGGUGGAGAGCAAGAGGCUGAGGGAAGACGACGACAGGCCCAGACCUCCUCCUCCUCGGCCAGCGUGCUGCUGGGCCCCUGGGGGGACAGAGCGUUUGGCCUGAUCCAGCCUCAGGGCUCUUCUGACGUUCUUUGAUCGCUCUGGGCAAGCAAACAUUUGCGAGAACAGAUUUCAUUCUUGUACAUAACAACAAAAGGGAUAUUUUACUUGCCGAUACAUUUUAUAUGCAAACUAUAUUUUGUUUGUAAGUCACUCUCAAUAAAAGAUUUAAGUUGUUAAUGCGAA